CUUGCCUCAGACUACGAAGAAUUUUACACAGGAGCACGUGUAUCUGUUAAAAGAAGAGAUUUAUCAAACAAGAAGACGAAAUGAUAACUAGCAUGUUUUCAAGGAAUGUUAAACAAGUUGCUUGUCUUACGGGAAGCAUAGUUUCAAAGCGCUCGGCUCACGGCAAGGCUUACCCUCGAGUUCUCAUCACUGGAGGACUAGGACAGCUAGGACGAGGACUAGCAAGAUCACUAAGGGAUAAUUAUGGCAGCAGUAGUGUCAUACUGUCAGACAUAGCAAAGGCCCCACAAGAAGUGCUUGAGGAUGGUCCAUAUAUUUAUGCCGACAUACUAGAUUUCCAAAGUCUCCAGUCUAUUGUUGUCAAUCAUGAAAUAGACUGGGUUGUGCAUUUCAGUGCAAUACUCAGUGCUGUUGGGGAACAAAACGUAUCUCAGGCACUGAAGGUCAACAUUAAUGGMUUCCACAAUGUUAUUGAAGUUUGUCGGAAAUACAACCUCAGGCUGUUUUCUCCAAGCACUAUUGGAGCAUUUGGUCCUGAGACACCAAGAAAUCCCACUCCUGACUUAACUAUUCAAAGACCCAAGACUAUYUAUGGUGUGGCUAAAGUUCAUAUGGAACUCUUAGGAGAGUACUAUAACCACAGAUAUGGACUUGAUUAUCGUUCAGCCAGGUUUCCUGGAGUCAUCUCAGCUGAUACCAARCCUGGUGGUGGUACAACUGAUUAUGCUGUCCACAUUUUCCAUGAAGCACUUAGAAAUGGCAAGUACAAAUGUUACCUGCGCAAGGACACUCGAAUCCCAAUGAUYUACCUACCAGAUUGUUUGAGGGCAACUGUAGAACUUCUUGAAGCCCCUCAAAAAGCGCUAAAGAGCAGGACAUAUAAUCUAAGUGCUAUAAGCUUUACACCAGAGGAAAUAGCGGAUGAAUUAAAGAAACAUGUUCCACAUCUAGAAGUAGAGUAUGAACCUGACGAAAGACAAUUAAUAGCUGACAGUUGGCCUGAAGUGCUAGAYGAUACUGAUGCUCGCAAGGACUGGGGAUGGAGACAUGAGUAUGAUUUACCAUCAAUGGUUUCUGCCAUGGUUCAGGCUCUUGCGCCCAAGUCUCAAGGAUCUUUUGAGGUGGAGGUUUGAG